UACUCCAAGGACAUAGUGGAGGAGCUAGUUCUCUAUGUAUAGCGGGUCGAAACCGUCAGAGAUGAUGUCAGAUGAUUUCAGUAUAAGAUCUAGCGUGUAGUUGCAGUAGUAAUGGUGGAGAUGUGCUGUUGUUUGUUUACCUUGUCUUUAAAUUUUUUUUCUCUUUUUCGUUUAGCUGGAUGUGGGAGUUUUUCUUUAGCUCUUCAGUGUAAGAAAAACAUGCAAUGGUUGAUGAUGAAGGACAACAGAGGUGAAAACAGUGUUGAACGUUGUAUCAGUGGUGAACUGUCCCUGGUGGUGAACUGUCCCUUGUGGUGUUUAUGUCUGGGUGGUGAAAUGUCUCUUCGAGAUCGUGCUGUCAAAAUGGGGAGUAAACAGGGGGAGCAAGUUCAAUAUGUAAAUGAAAUGACAAAUAAGUCUUGAGGAACAACAGAAACAGACAAAAAAAAAGCAAAUGUUGAUGAUCAGACGGUGUCAGUGAAUAGGUCGUGAUAGUCGUUAAAUGUGUGUAUCAGAGGAUUGUGAUAUCAGUGUUGGUGUGACUGCCUCGUUGCAACCAAAUGUGGGAGU